GCUACAACUGUUUGUUUCUUUACUAGUUCCAAGUGACCAGACCCCCACCAGUACAAUACCCAGUUGUAGCUCUUCUAUCUGAUGGUACCCCUGCCCAAUCUGAAUCUGCACAACCUGUAGAGCUGCAUGCUUUCCAAUGUGGAGCUGACAUAAAUUGACGAGAAGAAGAAAAGAAAGUUGCGCGAAUGCAAAAGAAAAAGAAAGUUGCGGAGGAAAAAGAUCGAAGAUUACUUCGGUGAGAAGCUGAAAAUUCACAGGAAAAAAAAAGGAGAUGAGCCGAGACAGGACACGCGUCCAUCGCUGGUGUUUUCCUUAAUGUAUUUAAAAGGGCAUAUUCCGUGACGAGUGCAAAAGGGCACAGCCGACGCAAACUCAAACAUCGGGACCGCCUCCCCCGUCACAUAGCGAAACAGUGCCGUCUGUCUCUCCUUCAUCAAUUCCUUCAAGCGCUACUGAUACACAUAUACUUACACACUCACAUCUAUACAUCCUGGACACCACAAAAGGAGACCUUAGGAAAUCCUCUACUACGAAAGGCCGAAAGAGGAAAAGAGCAAAGGCGGCCGACAUGGGAAAGAAAAAGGACAAGGAGCAGCAGCAGACGAGUACGCCGCAGCAGACGAAUCCAACGCCGCACCAGCAGCGACAGGGCCCUAAUGUGGGUGAAAGUUCUAGCAUUAACAUAAGACGAGUUCUGGAAAAGUUUCUAGAAUCUAAUAGGGAAGUCUACACGUUUAAAGCCAACCUGUCAAACCGCGAACGUGCAGUGGUACAUAUAGUCUGCAGGAAAAUGGGAUUGAAAUCCAAGAGUCAAGGGAAAGGAAAUCAGCGUCGUGUAUCUGUUUUCAAGACUAUGAAGCAGGUUGGCGCUAAGCGAGCGAAGGAAAGACUCAAAUAUUUUAAAUUCUCAGAAGAGGCAAAAGUGGUUUUGCAGGACUUAUUUACACAAUACCCUCCUGAUGACGGGCUUAUAGCCAAUACCGUUGGAAGUCAUGGUGGUGGAAAGAGAGAGACAGUACAAGGACACUGCGAAAAUAUUUUCUCCAAGCCUUCAUUGAGCAAGGAAGGAAUUGAGAAUAAAAGGGAAGUGCUUGCUUCUAAAAUGAAGAAGGCUACAAACUUGAGACAGAUCGUUCAGCAAAGGGCUAAGCUUCCAAUUGCAGCAUUCAAGGAUAUCAUAAAAUCCACAAUCGAGUCUAACCAGGUUGUUUUGAUCUCUGGUGAGACUGGGUGCGGAAAGACCACUCAGGUCCCACAAUUUCUUUUGGACCAUAUGUGGAGUAAGGGUAAGGCAUGCAAAAUUGUGUGCACUCAACCUCGUCGUAUCUCAGCAACCUCUGUUGCUGAAAGAAUAGCUUCUGAAAGAGGAGAAAAUGUUGGAGGUGAUGUUGGAUACAAGAUUCGAUUGGAAAGUAAAGGUGGGAGGCAUACAUCAAUCGUGUUUUGCACAAAUGGCAUUCUAUUGCGGAUUCUGGUUUCUGCGGGUAGGUCCAAGAGGGGUACAUCAAAAAAACAUGCAAAGAUGGACAUCUCCAACAUAUCUCAUAUUAUUGUGGAUGAAAUUCAUGAAAGAGAUCGCUACUCUGAUUUCAUGCUGGCAAUUAUCAGGGACAUGCUUCCAUCAUAUCCCCACCUUCGGCUGAUCUUGAUGAGUGCUACACUUGAUGCUGAUAGAUUUUCACAAUAUUUUGGUGGAUGUCCAAUCAUCCGUGUCCCUGGCUUCACCUAUCCUGUGGAAGCUUACUAUCUGGAGGAUGUACUAUCUAUUUUGAAAUCUGCUAGUGAUAAUCAUCUCGAUUCAGCUAUGUUAAAUGUCCCAAAUGAAGACUACAAGUUAACUAGUGAAGAUAAAGAUGCUUUAGAUGAAGCUAUUAGUUUGGCAUGGUCUAAUGAUGAAUUUGUUCCCCUUCUAGAUUUAAUUUCUUCUGAAGGAUCUCCCCAAGUUUAUAACUACCAGCAUUCUGUUACUGGACUAACACCAGUAAUGGUGUUUGCUGGGAAGGGCAGAGUAGGUGAUGUUUGCAUGCUUCUUUCUCUUGGUGUAGACUGCCUUUUACAGGCCAAGGAUGGGACAACAGCGUUGGAGUUGGCUGAACGAGAAAACCAACAAGAAAUUUCUGAUGUAAUAAAAAAGCACAUUGAAAAUGCCUCUUCUGAUUCCCUGGUUCAGCAACAAGUACUUGACAAGUAUCUAGCUACCAUUGAUCAUGAACUGAUUGAUGUUGUUCUUAUAGAACAGUUGCUAAGGAAAGUUUGCACUGAUUCAAAAGAUGGAGCGAUCCUUGUCUUUCUCCCAGGGUGGGAUGACAUAAAAAGAACACGGGAACGAUUAAUUGCGAACCCAUUCUUCAACAAUACUUCGAGAUUCUUGAUAAUAUCCCUUCAUUCAAUGGUACCAUCUAUGGAGCAAAGGAAGGUUUUUAAUCGUCCACCUGUUGGUUGUCGCAAAAUUAUUCUUUCGACCAAUAUAGCUGAAACUGCUAUUACAAUUGAUGAUGUCGUGUAUGUCAUAGAUAGUGGUCGAAUGAAAGAAAAAAGUUAUGAUCCUUAUAACAAUGUUUCUACUCUUCAAUCUUCUUGGGUUUCCAAGGCUAGUGCAAAGCAACGAGAAGGUCGUGCAGGACGCUGUCAGCCUGGAACAUGUUAUCAUCUUUUCUCAAAGCUAAGGGCGGCUUCCCUGCCAGAAUUUCAGGUUCCCGAAAUUAAGAGAAUGCCUAUUGAGGAGCUUUGUCUACAGGUUAAAUUGCUAGACCCAGAUUGCAAGAUAGAGGAUUUCUUGCUGAAGACAUUGGACCCUCCAGUUUUUGAAAGCAUUCGUAAUGCAAUUUCUGUUCUUCAGUUGAUUGGGGCCCUCUCACAGGAGGAAAGUUUGACAGAACUAGGGGAGAAGUUAGGUUAUUUACCUGUUCAUCCAUUGACAAGCAAGAUGCUUUUUUUUGCCAUAUUGAUGAAUUGCCUGGAUCCAGCUUUAACACUGGCAUGUGCCUCGGACUUUAGAGAUCCUUUUACAAUUUCCAUGUUGCCAAAUGAAAAAAAGAGAGCUAUUGCUGCUAAAUAUGAGCUUGCUUCAUUAUAUGGUGGGCGAAGUGAUCAAUUCGCAGUCGUAGCUGCUUUUGAGUGCUGGAAGAGGGCAAAGGAAAGGGGCCUAGAAGCACAGUUUUGUUCUCAGUACUUUGUCUCUCCAAGCACCAUGUCUAUGCUGGAUGGAAUGCGUAAGCAGCUCCAGAUGGAACUAAUUCGGCAUGGAUUGAUCCCAAAUGAUGUUUCACAUUGUAGUUUGAAUGCUCGUGACCCAGGUAUACUCGAUGCAGUCCUUGUGUCAGGUUUGUAUCCAAUGAUGGGGAGAUUACUUCCGCCUAAAGAUGGGAAACGAUCUGUCGUGGAGACUGCAAGUGGCCCUAAAGUUCGGUUGCAUCCUCAUUCCCUCAAUUUUAGAUUAACAUUUAAUAAAUGUUAUGAUUUCCCUCUGAUUAUGUAUGACGAGAUAACUCGUGGAGAUGCGGGUAUGUAUAUAAAGAAUUGCUCAGUUGUUGGGCCACUUCCAUUGCUGCUGCUAGCAACGGAGAUUGUUGUGGCUUCUGCAAAGGAUGAGGAGGAGGAGGAGGAGGAGGAGGAGGCUGAUGAGUGUGAUGAUGGGAGUAGCAAUGGCGGUGGGGAUGAUAGUGAUGAAUGCAAAAUGGACAGGGAUGAUACGUUACUUGGACAAACAGGAGACAAGAUCCUGUCCUCUCCUGAUAAUCCAGUUAAAGUUGUGGUUGACCAUUGGCUUUCUUUUGCAUCAACAGCCCUUGAUCUUGCUCAAAUUUACUGCUUGAGGGAGCGGAUAUCGGCAGCAAUCUUAUUUAAAGUGACACAUCCCCAUGAGCAGCCUCCUCCUGUUCUUGAGGUCUCAACAUUGGCAAUAGCCUACGUUCUUUCUUAUGAUGGGCUCUCUGGCGUAUCAUUGCCAAGGGAAUCUGUUGAGUCGCUGACUUCAAUUUUACAUGCCACUGAGAUCAACUCGUCCAAGCAAGAGAUGAGUAAAGGAAUGGGUCUCGAAUUCCUCGUAUCACUGAUGACUGAUGACAAAUGCCAGAAUUCUCCUCAACGUCGUAAGGCUAGGAUACUGUCAUCUGGGGGAAUUGCAAUGGUGAAUGACCCAUCAAGCAGCAAUUCUCAGCUGCUGGGUACUUCAUUUGGCACGAACUCAAGUCUUGGGCCUCCAUCUCAAGUCCCGACCAUAGUUGGAUACAAUCCAGAUGGUAAUGGACGAUGUAAUCGAAGAAAGCAGCCACCACGACAGCGGCCGCUUAAGAACUGGACUAAAAUCACUAAACAGGUGCAGUAGUUAACCAUCUAAUUAUGUUGUAUUUAGGAUAGGUUAUUAUGGACGCAGAUGGCUGUAAGAAAUGCAUUUGAAUAGUUUGACAGUAGAUAUGUUGAAGGUUUGAUGUUGCUAGGUACAACUUUAUAUCGAUUCACGACAUGCUUUUUCCAGUGUUUUAUGCCAACAUAUGUAAAGACAAUUUCAAAAUGCACCAAGGCGAUUUCCAGCUAUUUUUGGCUUCA